UAACACUUCAUUUUAAUGUAGGAUUAUUAGCUAUUAAUGAAUGAACCUUUGAGUGAAAACAAGGAUAGUAAUAUGUGUACAAGGAAUCUAUAUUGUAAGGAAGGCAAGCCAUGUUUUAACCAGAGAGGAGUGUGCUGUCCUCAAUAACUGACUGAAUGCUGCUACACAGCUAGCCAACCAGGAAAGAAAACUCCGUCCACAAGUUUAACGAUGGAUUACGCCUUCCUGCCUCGGUCCGUGUGGACCGUUGACAGCAGAAUCGUGCAGCAUCCAGCUGAGCUCCACACCAGCGUGGUGGUGACGCGCAGCAUCCCCGCAGGAACCUGCUUCGGUCCGUGUAUUCUCCAACACACUUUUUACGACACCAUUGCCUUUAUUGCGCAGAAAUCCAGCGACAGGAAAGCCAAAUCGUGCAUCUUUAGCGUGGACCCAGAGGCCAUGCGUAAUUCGGCACUGGUGCUGUCUUGGCUGAGACUGGUGCAGGCUGCACGCAAUAAAGAGGAGCAAAACACCGAAGCCUUCCUCCAAGGAGGUCAGCUCUGUGUGAGGACCACCAGAGACGUCCAACAGGAGGAGGAACUCCUGGUGUGGUACGACCAGGAGCUUUGUCACCUUCUGGGCUUCACGGACAUGAGCAGAGGCACCAGUAAAGAGUUGAAAUGUCCUCGGUGUGAGCAGGUCUUCAAGAACGAAUAUCCAUUCCUGGCUCAUUGCCGCUUCUUGUGCGGCCAAAUGAAGAGCGUUUCCGAACACAAGAGGCCGCAUGGCAUCACAGAUUUUCACAACAUCGCCAGAGAUUUGGAAGACAAACCACCCGACAGCGGCGGUGACGCAGACAUCCCGGCUUUGAAACGGAAAUACCAGGAGAGUCUUCCCGUCAAAGUGCGGAAAACUGUCUUGUUGGAAAAAAUCAACAUUUCAAAUGACGCUAACAUCACGCAGUUGGGGAGAAGCCAGGAUGAGGCUGGAGGAGAUGUAUCCGACUCGGACUUCAAAAUAAAAGCGGAUGUGACCAAGCUGGAUGGUUCAGGUUGUAAAAAUGGGAUUUUGGGAGAAGCGAUGGACGCCAAAGGGACUUUGCUUGCGGACUCCGAGACAGGGCAGAGUUCCGGUUUGCGCUCGAGCAGUAGUGCUUUUUCAUUGGUCCAGUCAAACAGUCGGGAACAGAAAAGUGCUUUUUGUAAACCCAGUAAAAGGAUCACAGCGGGAAUACCGCAUCAUAACAUAACAACAGCGCCCUCUAUCAGUGUGGAGGACAUGAACGAGGUCUUCACCACCGGGACCGUAUCAGGAUACAACACGCUUAUGGCGCCCGGCAUACAGACCUUGCCGUCGCUCUUCCACUACACACCCGAACACUGGUCCAGAACCUCUCAGCUCCGAUCCAACGCCGCUCUCACCGUCCUCCCUCCCACCUUCACGUCAUUCGGCGUCUCGGUGCAGAACUGGUGCGCCAAGUGUAACUUAUCUUUCCGUAUGACCUCCGACCUCGUCUUCCACAUGCGCUCACACCACAAGAAGGAGUUUGCCGCCGAGUCGCAGGUGAGGAGGAGGCGUGAGGAGAAGCUGACCUGUCCGAUCUGUCACGAAUACUUCAGAGAGCGCCAUCAUCUGUCCAGACACAUGACGUCACAUAACUGAUGGCUUCUGUAUUUAAUUAAGGCUUAGAUCCUGGAUUCAACAGUGAAUGUAGUAGCUGUUAUAAAAUAGCAACACAGCUUGUCCACUAGAGGGCGGCAGAGGUACGUGGCCUCUCUGUCCUUCAGGCCUAUGUGUGUAUGUGUGUGUGUGUUGUUGUUUUUUGUGCCUUAAGGACCUCAGGGUGGUGGAAAAUAGAUAAAGAGAUGUUGAGGACAGCUCCUGAUUGUCACGCACGUCUGGAAGCCAUCUUUUUAUUUAUCAUCUUUUACUGUGCAUGGCCACGGAGUGUGUUUGCACGUUUACAUUUACAACUUUCAUUCAUUCAUUCAUUUUCUACCGCUUUUUCCUCACAAGGGUCGCGGGGGGUGUCAGCGGAAACUGCAGUAAUUCUACACUUGAUCAAACUUUAACGAAAGAUUUUUCAGAUCAGAACCCAAUCACUGCAUGUGACUUCCUGAAUCUGCACUCUAAGCAUCAUGGGAAAUGUUGUUCUUUCAGCACUGAAUUUGCCAUAUCAAGCCGUAGGGUUUGAAUCCUACAGCACGUAGCGACUUGUAGUUCUACCGCUUAUCCUAACAAGGGUCGCGGGGGUGCUGUAGCCUAUCGAGAGGCGGGGUACACCCUGGACUGGUCGCCAGCCAAUCACAGGGCACAUAUAGACAAACAACCAUUCACACUCACAUUCAUACCUAUGGACAAUUUGGAGUGGCUAAUUAACCUAGCAUGUUUUUGGAAUGUGGGAGGAAACCGGAGUACCUGGAGAAAACCCACGCAUGCACGGGGAGAACAUGCAAACCGAGGGUGGAAUUGAACCCCGGUCUCCUAGCUGUGAGGUCUGUGUGCUAACCACUAGACCGCCGUGCCGCCACCUUUUACGACUUGUGAACAGGAAAUAUGAUUUUUUUUUUGUUUCCUGUUAUCAUUUGAAACACCAUGAUGAAAAAUCAGACAACAAUCCCAAGCAAACCCAUUGUUCUCGAUAUUGAGUCAAUUUUUGUAUAAUUUGGUUUUGGCCCAAAUUUUUGUACGCUGUUUUGGAUAUUGUACAAUAUUAGGAGUAACAAACUAGCCAGUUUCCUCUGUAUUGCAUCAUUCUGCAGAAUAGCGUACCCGAACCAGAACCCUUUUCUCACUGCAUUUUAUUUAUUGAGUAACCGUUAAAUAAUAAUCUGCCAUGGGGCCAAAGAAAGAUACAAGUGCCAGCAAUUUGCUAAAGAAAACGAGAAACUAUUCAAUUCAAUAAAUAAAUAAUUCACCAUAACGUUCGACAAUGGUGUCCACUGCCCUGCUUCUUUGCUGUUUUCGCCAACAAGAGUCUUCAAUAAAGGUAAAAAAGUGAUGUUAAAUGUUCGUUUGUCCUUUUCAUUCAAUAUUAUAUUCGAUUAUAUUUAUUCAUGAUGAUAUUUUUGGCUAUCUAGAAUGGAUUUUUGGAGCAAAUUCAUAAUGAAACUGAGGUAGCAGCAAAAGUGGUACACAAACAGCGCUCUAAAUGAUGCAGUGCGGUUCGACAUGGCGUUUCAUUGGUCCCACGCUUGACAAGUGAUAAGUGAGUGAUAAGUGAGUUUCUGCAAAGUAUUCAUUAAUUCAUUCAUUCAGUCGCGGGGGUUGCUGGAGCCUAUCCCAGCUGUCUUUGGGCAAGAGAGGCGGGUUACACCCUGGACUGGUGGGCCAGCCAAUCACAGGGCACAUAUAAACAAACAACCAUUCACACUCACAUUCAUACCUAUGGACAAUUUGGAGUGGCUAAUUAACCUAGCAUGUUUUUGGAAUGUGGGAGGAAACCGGAGUACCCGGAGAAAACCCACGCAUGCACGGGGAGAACAUGCAAACUCCACACAGAGAUGGCCGAGGGUGGGGAAAGACAAAAUAAGAAGCCAUAAAGUUACCACUUCCACACAAAAUACGAGGACAAUUCAUUCAUUCAUUCAUUUUCUACCGCUUAUCCUCACGAG